CAAUUCAAAUACAAGGUAGUGGGCAACUUUACAAAAACCAAACCAGUUAGAUACUUGGAAAACUAUCCCUCACUCCCACGCAAACAACCAACUACCUCUUCCAACUGCCCUUCCCUCUUUACAAGAAGCCUUUCUUUCUCAAGACAAUUCCUAGUAAGAAGGAAAAACAAAGCCAACAUCGAGAAACAAGGAGCCCUAUAAACAAAGCAACUGAUCUUGACCCUUUCCUUUUUUAUGUCCGAGAAGAGUCUUCGACGACGGCUACCGAGAGGCCGGCGACCACGGCUGCCGUAUCCAUCACCGUCACCAAGGCUACGGACGCCUCCUCCGCAUCGGCGAUCAGCGAAGAGAUCGUCGAAGCACGGUAGGAUUCUGAAGCGAUGUGCGUCAGAGCCGUGUCUUUGGAGCAGUGUUGCUGAAGAUCAGCAAAGGAGUAAUUUGUUGGGGUCUGAAGUGGAAGGGGCUUUGUUUAGGCCCCAAACUUGUACUGACGUCUUUGGUUCUUCUCCUUGUAUUUUGGGUUUUGGUUCUCCUCGUUCUUCUUCUUCUCCAAAGCAGGGUUUUGAGUUUGGGAUGCAGGGGUACAACAAAGAUGCUAAGGUUGUAAUCAAUGUAUCAGUCGAAGGAAGUCCGGGACCAGUACGGACCAUGGUCAAAUUGGGGUCCAGUGUCGAAGAGACUAUAAAGGUUGUUGUAGACAAGUAUGCUGAAGAAGGAAGAACUCCUAAGCUUUAUCACAGUUCGGGAUUGGAAUUGCAUCAGUCCUAUUUUAGCCUGCAAAGUUUGGAUAAAUCACUGAUAAUUGGGGACGCUGGUAGCAGGAGCUUCUAUCUUAGAAAAAGUAGCAGUGACAAUAGUAGCAAUGUAGCAUCUAAUUCUUUUGUUUCAGAAAUUGGUUUAGAAGGAGCGAAUUCUCCUCCAGCUGUUCCACCUCCAACAUAUUUACUUACAGCUUUCAUAGCUCGAAAACUCAGCAAAAUUGUAAGAAGAACGCGUAGGCUCUGGAAGGUAUUGGUUUGCUUGCGAUGAGGAUAUCCAGGAUCAUACCAUUGUUAGAGUAAGACAACCUAUAUGUUAUCAUGCUGCUCUAACAACGGUGAUUCGUAAUUCCAUUUUCUCAUUUUUUUGAUUGCUUCCUCCCAUUUUUUUUUAUCGGGAUUGGCUUUCUAUUAUUUACCAUCAUCAGUCAUAUAUGUCAUGUAAAAAUGUAAGUAUUACCUUGUGGUUUCCCAAUUUUCUUUUAGGACACGAUGCUGAUUGUUCAUUUUAAUAUUCAAAAAUGAAAAGAAAAAGGAAAAUUUAUUUUA